CUGAUGGGGUCAGGACUAGGUGUGGCACUAACAAAAGAUGGAAACCCAUUGGCCUUGCACUUUGUUAUGUUUCUGCCAGCAAUCAUGGGUCAGGGUACAGUUGAGCAACAAGCACUUUGGAUGGGCCGUGCAUGGGCAGGACAGAUCAUUGGCACAUAUGCCCAGACUGAGUUGGGUCAUGGAACAUUCCUUAGAGGCCUUGAGACAACUGCUACAUAUGACCCAAAAACUCAAGAAUUUGUUUUACACUCACCAACCAUUACAGCGACCAAGUGGUGGCCCGGAGGAUUGGGCAAGACAGUCAACUAUGCUGUGGUGAUGGCUCAGCUAUACAUUAAAGGACAUUGUCAUGGAAUUCAUGCCUUUGUUGUCCAACUCAGAGAUGAAGAAACUCACCAGAGCUUGCCAGGUGUCACAGUUGGAGAGAUUGGUCCAAGGCUGGGAAUGAAUACAAAUGACAAUGGGUUCUUAAGAUUUGACCAUUGCCGUAUUCCUCGUGCAAACUUGCUCAUGAAGCAUGCCCAAGUUCUGGAGGAUGGUACCUAUGUGAAGCCUGCUAGUGACAAACUUGCUUAUGGCACAAUGGUGUUUGUGAGGGUUGCCAUUUGCUUUGAUUCAUACCGACAGCUGCAGCGAGCAGUGACCAUAGCGACUCGUUACUCUGCUGUUCGUCAUCAAUCGGAGUUGGUCCCUGGGUAA